UAUAGCGAAACCAGCUGAUUUAACUUCUUUUUUAAAAUCACAAGUCUUCGGUCUUUGUUGAGCCCUGUACAGUAAUAAACAAGAAUUUGAUAUUAAUUCAGGAUUUGUGAUUCUUAAAAGUAAAACAAAUGGCUCGCGUCGCCCGGUUAGUUUUUCGGUUGAAUUGAGAUCUUGUGACGAGUUGACGAGACUGAGUUGCUUUUCAGCCAGGAUGUUUUUUUGGGACAGCUGCCCUUUCACAGAUGACGAUGACGAUGAUAUUCCACUUUGCAGUUGUCAGGGCAUCAAUCUCACCAACUGCCGCUAUGACAGUGGUAGGUCACAAAAGAAAAAGGGAAACAAACAAACACUACAAAUGCACGACAAGAAUUAUAAAGGGUUGCAUAUUCCUUGUGUCAGUGCGUCGUGCUGCUGAGAAGUUAGGCAUUAAAGAGGCAAAGGCAGGUGAAGACUGGACGCUGUUUUGGAGUGACGCCCGUCCUUGUGAGGAUAAAUUUAAGGAAAUGAAACCGUACCAGAAAAUCAACCAUUUGCCCUCAAUAACUGAAGUCUGCCACAAAAAUUCAUUAGCAACUAACUGGAAGCACAUGCUCAAGUUUUUCCCCAAAGACUACAACAUUUUCCCCAGAACUUGGACCUUCCCGAUAGAGUACGGCUUGUUCAAAACGUACGCCAGGGACAAAGACAAGUGUUACAUUUGCAAACCCAACGCAGGCAGCCAAGGCAAAGGCAUCUCCAUCUUUACGUCGUGGGAUAAAGUUCCGCCUGAACACGAUAUGAUCUGUCAGGAAUACAUCGACAAGCCUCUGCUCAUCGACGGCUUCAAGUUCGACAUGCGCAUCUACGUGCUGGUGACUUCGUGUUACCCCUGGAGGAUCUACAUGUACAACGAGGGCCUGGCUCGCUUCUGCACCGUCAAGUACCAAGACCCAACAGAUGAAAAUGUGAAUAACAAGUACAUGCAUCUCACCAACUUUACUAUCAACAAGGACAGCGAGAACUUCAUCCAUGAUGAGAAGACGGGCAGCAAACGGAAGCUGUCGACGCUGAAGAAGCAGCUGAGGUCCAGCUACAGGAACAGCGAGAAGAUCUGGAGCAACGUCGAGGACGGCAUCGUAAAGACUCUGGUCUUGGCUCACUCCCGCAUCCAGCACGGCUACAUCACUCUCUUCCCCAAACACGUGGCGGGGAGCGCCUGCUUCCAGAUCCUCGGCUUCGACGUGCUGCUCGACGAGCACUACAGGCCCUGGGUGCUGGAGGUGAAUCACUCCCCAGAUUUUUCCACCGUGCUGCCACUGGACCGCGACGUCAAGGACGCCUUACUUUAUGACACUCUGGUUCUAAUCAACUUGGCUCCCUUUGAUCGAUGCAGGAUGAUCAAGGAAGAGAAGCGCAAGGUGGAGGAGCGCAUGAAGCAAAACGUGCGCAUAGAGGAGAGGCUGGAGAACGAGCAGCAGCGGCGGGCAAUCAUGGUGGAGGAGAUGGAGAGCUACGAAGACGAGCACCUGGGAGGCUUCAAGAGGAUCUACCCCAGCGGGGGAAACGAGAAAUACGACAAGUACUUAAAAGUGGAGGACAGGCUCUACAGGAGCAAGAGCAACGACGUCACUGGACUUUCUGAAAAUGUGCAAUCCAAAUAAACUUGGAAGUUGUUAUACAGACCCGAUACAGUAUUUUUUCAAUCUGUUCCUGGGAUUUCUGUAGUUGUUGCUAUGGAUACUGAGAGGGACGUGAGCAUUAGCGCCACCUUGUGGUGAGAUGAGCAAACACAAAUCCUUCAAUGUUAUUUGCAGUCUCACUUUCGUUCUGUUUUUCGUGGUUUUAUUGGUUUAAUGAGGCCAAAGUCUUUGCAUUCAGUUGGGCAAAUGUGUAAAUCGUUCUGAGAUGUUGGACCGACGCAUCUUAAUGCUGCGAGGGGUCAUGAUUGGAUUUCAUCUAAUCU